AUGCUGGGGUUCAUCACAAAGGUCACCGCCGUCAGGGUUGCCGCCACCACCAACCCCUCCGCCGCGCGGCCCCUCAGGGAGCAGGCGUUUGCGUCCGCGGAGAAGCUGUCCGAGGUGGUGGCCAAGGUGAACGCCGCCCUGGCGGGCCCCGUGCCCGAGGCGGCCGCCAAGGCCUGCCUCUACCUCACAAACCCCGCCACGCGCGCCAUCCUGUUCAGGCCCAUCAAGAGCAACAUCGCCGAGGCCCACGGCCAGGUGGCGCAGCUGCUGGAGGCAGAGUACCUCCCAGAGGAGGCCGCGGCAGUGCCCCUCAUGCAGCCAGAUGCCCUGGGCGCCGCCCUCGAGUUCUGA